AUGGCGGACCAUCCAGACCCCGGCGCGGUGCCGGCGCGGCCCAACUUCCUGGUCAUCGUGGCCGACGACCUGGGCUUUUCAGACGUCGGCGCCUUCGGUGGCGAAAUCAAGACGCCGCACAUCGACAGUCUGGCCGCCGAGGGCGUCAGGCUGACCGACUUCCAUGCCGCCGCCGCCUGCUCGCCUACCCGGUCGAUGUUACUCAGCGGCACUGAUAACCGCAAGUAG